AGAUCGAGAGAUCUGAUGGAAAGCAUCCAUAAGACUAUCAUUGAGUUGAUAUCUAGUCUUCAGAUCAGGAAAUUGGCCGUGGGCAUCUCAUUCACAAAAUCUUUAUCACGGAAAUUGAAGGAUGACACCAGUAUCCCAUAUUAUGUUCGCAAGCACAAGCCGGAGUUUUGCGAUAUAUUCAUGGUAUGUGGAGGGAAGCUGGUUUUCCUUAGAGAAGAGGAAGAUGGUGGAGACUACUUCGAAGAUGAACAAGGAAUGAUGGUUGCCGAUCUCAGGAAGAAAUCCAUGGAAAAGUGCUGUUUAAAAGGGUGGCUAGGCAAGAUACUAAGUGAUGGCAGCCUGUGUUGCACUGACCAUGGAUCUUCUCGUCUUUUGGCCUCGCCUCCUAACACUGUCAUGCCUGAAGUAACUAGUAGGUGGGAAGAUCAUUGGGAAGAAAUUGAGAACUAUAUCCAAUGUCUGGUAUCAUCGAACCCUGAAGGGUCGUCGUUGGAGGAAGAGAAUAAAACAAUGUCACUUGGCUCCAAGGACCAGGCCAAUCUGGAGACCACAGUUUCUGACAUGAAGCGGCCCCCUAUUAUCAUUAAGGGAAUUGAAGCCUUGGAAGCCAAGGUUGAGGAAGCUCAGAAGAUGGUGGAGGAGAAGAAGAUCGAAGCAAAAACCGAUGUUGAGAGACGAAGAAGAGCUGAAUGGUUUACCUCCCUCUGUAAUCAAAGGGCUGAGGAGAUUGAAGCGAGUCUGAAAGAAGAAAUAGCUAAGCAAGCCAAGUUGACGGAAGAGCUGGACAUGGUGAAAGACCAACUAACAAAAGUCUCCGAUGAAGUCGUCGAGAAAGGUGGCGUGCUAAAAUCGAUGCGCGCCCUUAACAAGGCUCUCAUGAUCAAACUCGAGCUGUCCUCGUGGGACAAGACACGGAUCGAGGCUGAAUUGGAGAAGGUGGUGUGCGCGAAAACUGAGAUGGCUCGAGAGGCGGAGGAGAUUCGCCGCCAAAGAGACAUGCUGCUUCAAAAGAUCAAGUAUUACGAGGAGAGAGAGGCGCUUGCAGCGGCGGAUGGUUCGAGCUGCGUUUACAGGGAGUUCACCGCCGACGAGGUGUGGAAUGCAACCGGCGGCUUCUCGGAGCGCAUGGUGAUUCAAGCUGGCGCAGAGAGCAUGCUUUACAAGGGAGUGAUCGGCCAUACCACUGUGGCAAUCCAGUUCAAGACUGAAUUCAGGUUGCAGUUCCCAGACGAGUUCAAGGCCAAGGUGGGGUGGCUCUGCAAGAUCCGGCACCCCAACGUGGUCGCCGUGAUCGGCGCCUGCGUGGAGCGCCGGUGCAUCGUAUUCGAAUACAUGGAGGGCGGCACCCUCCACGACGCCCUCUUCUCCUCCUGCCCCCGUCGGACCGAAUCCGUCCUCCUCCCCUGGCACGCCCGCAUCCGCGUCGCCGCCGAGGUGGCCUCCGCCCUCGGCUUCCUCCACUCCUCCCGCCCCCGCCCCGUCGCCCACGGCCGCCUCCGCCCCUCCUGGGUCCUCCUCGACCGGCACCUCUCCGCGAAGAUCUCCGGCCUCCGCCCCUCCUCCGUCCCCGCCCCCGCCGCCGACGUCGCUUCCCUCGGUGCCCUGAUCCUCCAGCUCCUCACCGGCCGAGAGGCGGACGCGGACGAGGAGGUGAGACGGACGAUAGGACAGGGGAAUCUCAUGGGGAUAUUGGAUCGGACGGCCGGGGAUUGGCCGCUGGACCUCGCGGCGGAUUUCGCGGGGGUUGGGCUGCGGUGUGCUGAGACGGCGGAGAAGGAUGGGGACGGCGAGGAGGAUGAAUGGACGGCUGGGAUGGUGAGGGAACUUGAAGAUCUCAAGAAAAGGGCGGAGGAGAGGAUGAAGGUGAGGAUGGGUAAAGGACACCAGAAGAAAGAACAAGAGAAUGCGCCCAAUGUGUUCAUUUGUCCCAUCUUCCAGGAGGUGAUGAAACAACCACAUGUGGCAGCAGAUGGAUUCUCUUAUGAGUUGGAAGCCAUAAAAGAAUGGUUGGAUAGUGGCCACGAGACAUCUCCAAUGACCAACUUAAAGUUAAAUCAUAAGCAUUUGAUGCCAAAUCAUACCCUUCAGUCUCUUAUUUACAAUUGGCAGCAAACAAAUCAAUCCGUAUAGAUGAUGAAUAACUAUAAUUGACAAUUUACAGGAAAAUUGUUAAGUCAUCUACCUCAAACUCAAAGCAAAUUGGAAAUGUCUUUGUAUACCUCAAGUUUUUACAGACUAGAAGAAUGUAUGAAAACAGUAUUCUAAAGAGUCAUGAAGCACUCUAGUGCCUUUGCAAGUACACUACCACAAAUGUUCAAAGUCAUUGUUAUAUCUCCAAAAUUUGCAAGGUUUGCAAAUUUUUAGUCUU